AUGAAACACGGCGACGAUAAAUAGACAGACAAAUGAAGAAGUUUGUCCGUUUGUUGAGGUGGGACACCAUUAUCGUUGGCCACCCAAUUUCAAGCAAAUAUCAUUUAGUCCAACCAAAAUAUACCCUCUUCUACGCAUUUUCCAUUCUGUUUCCUAAUUACACUCUCUAAUCUCUCUCCUCUCUCUCUCUCUCACUAAGGAAGCUGUGUUCUGCUUUCCUUCUGCUGUUUCCUUGAUUCAAUCUGAUCGCUUACCAAAAGGACUGCCCACGUUUUAGGGAUUUUCCUUCACUUUUCUGUUUUUUCUUUUUGUUCUAAAUUGUUUUUUAAAUUUGUUUAUAUUUGUGGACUGUGGAGGAGUGUUUCUGAGGCCCCAUUUUGUUUUUGCUCUGUGUUUGGAGCUGAAAUUCAUGGGAAAUUGCGUAGGGUCAUCAGCAAGAGUAGAUGCCACUCUCAGCACCGCAUCUGGAGCAUCACGAUACCCGAGCAAAAACAGCAGCUCAUCUGUACCAUCCAACAUAACUAUUCCCUCAUACAGCGGCAAAAGCAGUGCCGAAAGCUUGCCGACCCCAAGAUCGGAAGCCGAGAUUCUGUCAUCACCACAUGUCAAGGCCUUCACUUUCAAUGAGUUACGAAGUGCAACCAAAAACUUUAGGUCUGACAGUCUUCUUGGUGAAGGAGGAUUUGGGUAUGUUUUCAAAGGGUGGAUUGAUGAGCAUACCCUCACAGCCUCAAGGCCUGGAUCUGGUCUGGUAAUUGCUGUCAAAAAGUUGAAGCCCGAGGGCUUUCAAGGCCACAAAGAGUGGUUGUUCUCCCUGGUGUCUGAAAUAUUCAGACGGGAGUAUAGUACUGUUGCAAGCAGCUUUUUGAGAGCAUGGGAUGAUUUGCAGACAGAAGUUAAUUAUUUGGGGCAACUUCAUCACCCGAACCUUGUAAAACUUAUUGGCUAUUGUUUGGAGGGUGACAACCGGCUUCUGGUGUACGAGUUCAUGCCCAAAGGAAGCCUGGAGAAUCAUUUGUUCAGAAGAGGAGCCCAACCUCUGACUUGGGCUACUCGAAUAAAGGUAGCAAUAGGCGCUGCCCGGGGCCUUUCUUUCUUGCAUGAGGCUGAAGAGCAAGUUAUAUACAGAGAUUUUAAAGCUUCGAAUAUUCUUCUUGACGGGGAAUUCAAUGCAAAAUUGUCCGACUUUGGUUUGGCCAAAGCGGGCCCCACCGGCGACAGGACACAUGUAUCAACUCAAGUUAUGGGCACUUAUGGGUAUGCUGCCCCUGAAUAUGUUGCCACAGGUCGACUAACUGCAAAAAGCGACGUUUACAGCUUUGGGGUGGUUCUGCUGGAGCUGCUGUCCGGGAGGCGCGCGGUGGAUAAGAGCAAGGUCGGGAUUGAGCAGAAUCUGGUGGACUGGGCAAUGCCGUACUUAGGGGACAAGCGGAAGUUGUUUAGGAUAAUGGACAUAAAGCUCGAGGGCCAAUACCCUAAGAAUGCCGCCUUCACGGCUGCCACAGUGGCCCUGCAAUGCCUCAGCCAUGAGCCGAAGAUGAGGCCUCGCAUGGCUGAGGUCCUGGCCACGCUCGAGGACCUCCAGCAAGCCUCCAGAAACUCGAGCUCAAGAGCCUCGAGUGGAAGAACGCCUCUGGCGUCGCCUACGCCAGCUCAUCGGAGGGCAUCUGCCAGUGCCAGGCGGUGAGGGUGAAAUGCAACAUUUUUUUUUAUUCUCUUUCUU